AUGACAACUGAUGACAUAUUUGUCGACAUUAGUCGGCAAUGGAUAGGCCUCAACCACCGGCCGGUCAGCCCUCCAAUGGCUCGCAUACUAGACAUAAGUCUGUACGCAUUGGCCGUAUUCUUCGUCAGCGGCUGGCUCUUCGUAUGGGUCAUGCAUCUCAUGGCCAUAUUCAACGGCAAACGGAAACUCCAUAAGAAGGUCGAAGUGAUAGGAGUGUCUGAAACACCACUCCCAGGCGUAUCUAUCAUCAAACCAUUGGUCGGAAUUGAUCCCAAUUUGUUCACUAACUUGGAGUCGUUCUUCACCAUGACUUACCCACAGUUUGAACUCCUGUUUUGUAUCCACGAUGACAAAGACGCGGCCAUAAUGUUUGUCAAAAAACUGAUCGAUAAGUAUCCCGAAGUGGACGCUAAGCUAUUCAUCGGUGGCGCCAAAGUUGGCGUCAAUCCAAAGAUUAAUAAUAUGGAGCCGGGAUAUAAGGCCGCUAAGUAUGACUUCAUACUCAUCUCUGACAGCGGUAUCAGAAGUAAG